UGGUGGCGUGAACCGGAAGAUAAAGACAGCGAGCGCUCUAGCCUCUUACUUCGGCGCAGACAACAGCAGAAGCUGCAAGAAGAUGCCGGCAGCGACGAGCUUAGGAGACAAUUAUAGCAAACUACUGGAACAGUGCGAGGCGCAGGAGCUGGAGGCCCCUGGUGGGAUCGCGACGCCGCAGGUUUACGGUCAGCUGCUGGCCUUGUAUCUUCUUCACAAUGACAUGAACAACGCCCGCUACUUGUGGAAGAGGAUUCCUCAGGCGCUCAAGACGGCUAAUCUGGAAUUGGGAGCCAUAUGGGCAGUGGGACAGCACAUCUGGCAGAGAGACUUUCCUGGCAUCUACACGACCAUCGCUGCGUACCAGUGGUCCGAGUCCAUUCAGCCCAUCAUGGACGCACUGAGAGAGGCGACGCGCCAGCGGGCAUUUGGGCUGGUGGCACAAGCUUACACCUCCAUCACGGCUGACGAUUUUGCUGCUUUUGUCGGGUGCCCAGUGGAUGAAGCCGUCCAAGGUGUUGUUAAUCAGGGGUGGCAAGCUGACCCGAGUACCAGGAUGGUGAUGCCCAAAAAGCCAGAUCCCCCUCCAGUGUCGCUCAUCCCCAACGAGCAGCAGUUGGCGCGACUCACCGACUACGUUGCUUUCCUUGAGAACUGAUGGGCACCCUCCAAGGCUGAAGACAUAUUGGCAUUUGAGGCGGGUCUGAAGGGGGUGGGCAUGAACUCGGACCCCAAGCCAUUUCAUUUUGU